CACUCGAACCCAGUGGAGUUUCGGCAUCUGCAAUCACGAUAAAAUAACUCAAACCCUAUAUAAUUGCUUGAUUAUAAAUCUAAUCAUCAAUUAAUACUCGUUUGGAGAGUAUGCUGAAUGCUCUUGGCAGUUUUCGUUCUAAGUGUAGAACCUUCGCCGGUGGUGAAAUGUUCCUUAGACCGGACUGAAUACAUCGCCUCGGUGGCGCAGUUGGCAGCGCGUAAGUCUCAUAAUCUUAAGGUCGUGAGUUCGAGCCUCACCCGGGGCAUGUAACUUUUUUGUGUAUUUUUCUUGCCUUUUCAAUAUUAAUAAAUCUUUUUUGGGUGUAUCUGGUUUUCAUUUCGCCUUUUUACAUUUUCGUUUUUUUUUUUUUAUUUUUAAGACAGUGCAGACUUUAACAUAAACUUAAUUAAGUGCUAAUGGAUCGGGUGGAAUAUCAAUGUGGUUUACUUUCCCAUGCGCUGAAUGGACCAUUCCUGCUGGCAGAGCGGACACCGGUUGUUCUGCUUGACCCACAGCGACAUGCAGCAGUGGUGGAACGAGUGGUUGCAUUCGCCCCACACCACCACACAGUCCUGGCGUCCCAUCACAUCUCGCUUGUUAUCCGCCUGGCAGCGCAGACACGAAUCUGGAAGAGAGGGCAGGGCAUACGUUAGCAAUUGACGACAAUAAUGAAGAGCAAACGCCAAAAUUGGUGGCAAAUCGGCCAGCAGAUCGGUUAACUCUGACCAACAGUCGCAACCAAGUUCCAGUGAUCAUUCCGUGAAAAUGCGCUCGAGCCUGUUAAUAUUGUUGGUCGCCCUGCUCCAAGGAACGAGUGCCACACGCCUGCUGAAGUUCACCAACGUCAAGUGCCAGGACCUGCCCACAACGGCAGGACUGACCAGAUACGAGUACUGCCGCCUGAAGGUGGUGCGACGCAACCAUGUGGAGCUCUCGCUGAAGGUCAGCCUGUUGCAGCUGCCUGUACGCAAUCUGACCACGCGACUGCAGUGCUUCCAGCGGCGCGACGGCUACCGCCCCUUCAUGUACAACGUCCUCUUCGAUUUCUGCAAGCUGAUGGAUGGCAGAAGACGCGAGCUCUCCUUCGAGCGCUUCGUCUUCGAUGCGAUCAGCAAGCACAGCAACUUCAAUCACUCCUGCCCCUGGAAGGAGAACCACAUGACUGUGGAGAAGUUUGCCCUGGAUCCAACGCAAAUAAAUAUGCCAUUCCCUGCGGGAGUCUACCGUUUGGAUUUCACCUUUUACGCGUACGGCAUACCACGCACAUUGACACAGGUGUUUUUCGAGAAGACCGACUGAAACACAGUUCUUCAGAGCUUCA